CCACGAGCAAUACAGACCACCACGACCGCGAUCACCAUCGUCUCACUCGAUCUGAUCCCGCAUCUCCAAAUAAGCUUGAUUCCGAUCGUGGGUCCGAAUCCCAUGAAGUUGGAUUCAACAUCGAUGCAUGCUAGUCUGAACCUCACGUCAACACGAGCUCCAAAGGCUGCCCAGAUGCAUGGCAAUGUGGACGUGACUGAAGGCUUCAGUGUCCAUGCGUGAUUUCCGAUGUCAGGAAUUCGCCGUUUCCUGCGGUUGAUAUUGAAAUGUGCAGCGCCUGCGUUAUGACAUCAACAGCCGUCACAAUUGUCAAUGAGGAGUUAGCAUCAGCGGUCUCAGUUAUGGGGUACAAUUGACGUAGUUAUUUGCUCUGGACGUAGCUGUGGCAUCUCGUCUUCGUUUCCUGGACCUGUUCGGAAGUUUAGCCGGUGGGUCCUUACUUUCGGCAGGAUCUUUGGUGUCUAUAGCUAUGGAGACGCAGCACUUGACCUCCAAGCCAAUGCUCCUCAACCAAGAGGGGUUUCUUUGAUUGUUCUGGAAGGACAGGCGUGCAUGUCAUGAGGCAAAGGAGCCGCCUACAUCGAUCAUUUGGUCACCUGUGUGCCGUUGCCAUACCGUCCAUGGGUCGUGUCUUCAACAUGCGUUUACGAGAGUAUGGAGGGAUUGUGGAAAGCCUGGAGAGAAUUCCGAGGGGAACGUAUCCGUUGGAUGCGUAUCAUCAGCUGGUAAAGGCCGGCACCAUCAAAUUAGACGCAGGUCAAGUGGCUGCGUUGCAGCCUCUGGAGCGGUUGCACAGGGAGCUCGAAACGUAUGAGCAGUCAACUCCAGGGGUGGGCAACAAGUUCUUCUCAGCUGUGGGGUUGACCCGUCCGAAGGUGGCUCCUCAAGGGGUUUAUAUCCAUGGAGGGGUGGGUACAGGAAAAUCGUUAGUGGCGGAUAUUUUCUUCCACUGUAGUCCUAUCCAAAACAAACGAAGGGUUCAUUUCCAUCAGUUCAUGCUUGAUAUUCACAAGAGCCUGCACAAUAUGAGAACUUCGCAAAGGGAUGUUGACGUAGUGGAAGUGCUUGCCUCUGAUGUCUUGAAGUCAGGCUGGUUGCUCUGCUUCGAUGAAUUUCAGGUCACUGACAUUGCUGAUGCCAUGCUUCUGAAACGACUGUUGGAGAACCUUUUCAAAGGUGGAGGAAUCAUGGUGGCGUCUUCAAAUCGUGCUCCUGCUGAGUUGUACAAAAACGGUAUUCAAAGGGAACUAUUUCUACCAUGCAUUGAGCUGAUAAAGAGUCGGUGUCAAGUGUACGCCUUCCGCCCCCAAGCUUCUGACUAUCGUCUAAUCGGUACUCGCCCUGAAGGUUCCAGGGCUCUAGAUAAAGUUUGGCAUCAGCCACUUGACGACAAUACGGCUAAGAAAAUGGAGCUUGGGUUUCAGCAACUCGCUGGAGACCGCGCCAUUGGUCGCACGAUUUUGAAGGAAGGAAGUCGCACCAUCGAAGAAUGGUGCAUUCUUUUGAGUCUUUUGGCAGUUCCGAAAGCAGCUGGAGGUGUAGCUGCAUUUACUUUCAAGGAGCUUUGCGGAGCGGCCAAGGGAGCAGCUGACUACCUUGCAAUUGCAUCCUCUUUCCAUACUGUUUUCAUAUCAGGCAUUCCACGUCUAACAAGGGUCCACUCUGAACUCGUAAGGAGGUUCAUUACCCUGGUGGAUAUCUUCUAUGAGCAGAAAGUUAAGGUGAUCAUAAGUGCAGAAACAGAUCCUGGCAUUCUAUAUCAACCAAGGGCAGAGGACUCUGCAACAUUAAAAGGGAAAGUGGAAGUUGCCAUCCCUUCAACGGGUUCAAAAUACGUGGAGAGUGAUGAGGAGUUUGCAUUUGCACGAACUGUGUCGAGGUUGAACCACAUGCAAACUAGUGACUAUCUGUCAAGUGCAUGGGCUGAUCCAGGCAAGGCUUUUAUCUGUCACCUCGAGAGUGCGACGCUCCUGGAAGGCGAUUUAAGAAGGGUGUGGGACCGGUAUAAUGCAGACUCAGACUCCAAACUGAGUAAGGAUGAACUUCUUUCCAUGAUGGAGGACCUCACCGAAAUCAAAUCAGGCCAUAGACACGUGUCAUCGGAACUGGUGGAGGAUAUGUACAAGAAAUUAGAUGCCAACGGUGAUGGAAUUGUAGUAUGGACGGAAUUUCGAGAUUAUUUUUUGCGCUAUGGACUUCAAGUGCAAGCAGUUUAGACGCAAGUUCUGCGUUCAAAUGUAGAAUGCUAAUCAUCCUGUGAGAGAACUUGAACGCCUUUCAAGAAUGAAAAUGUUCGGUUACCUACCUGUGGACGCUUGACACUUCAGUAUUUCAAUACCUCGGUAACGUAGGAUACAUUUUCUAGUCUAAGUUCUAGUAUGUAUGAUAUUUGUCCGAGUAUCACCUAACAGUGGGUAGAAGCUGAAAGUCUUUGUUACAAUGUAAGUACUGCCAUUAUCAUGGAACUAGAGACACUGCCACCCGAAGUCCUUGUCUUGUGAAGCUAUUGCAAUGUUCAAUUUGUGGCAUUCACUGAUACGCAGAUCCUUCUAAUAAAUGGCAUUUUGUUUCAAA